CACCAUUAAUCUCAAAAAAGGACACAACAGUCCUUCAUAUUCUUCUUCUAAAAGGACAACAUCGUAAUUUCGGUCUGAUUGUUUAGUUUUUUACCUUCGUCGUCACCGGUCCCUAAAAUUCUCCGUAAUUUCAUCUUAGAUACCUCCGAUGGCGACCCUCUCAGCCUACCCUAACUCGAACCCUAACACCAAUUUCCUCUCUUCUUCCGACCAAUCUAACCUCGAUCGGGAAUCUUGUUCCGAACCGGACCCCAAUUUUCACUCCGCACUUUCGAAACCGCCCCAGUCGGUUGCUCCAUCCGUGCCUCCGCCGUCUCUUCUCCACCUCUCCUUCAACCAGGAUCAUGGCUGCUUCGCCGCCGGAAUUGACCAUGGCUUCAGGAUCUACAAUUGCGAUCCAUUACGCGAGAUAUUUCGCCGUGAUUUUGAUCGCGGCGGCGGCAUCGGGGUUGUCGAGAUGCUUUUCCGGUGCAAUAUUUUGGCUCUCGUUGGCGGCGGACCCGAUCCGCAGUACCCGCUGAAUAAGGUUAUGAUCUGGGACGAUCACCAGAGCCGAUGCAUCAGCGAGCUUUCGUUUCGGUCCGAAGUAAGAUCUGUUCGGCUUCGGAGGGAUCGAAUCAUUGUCGUUUUGGAACAGAAGAUUUUCGUUUACAAUUUUGUUGAUUUGAAGCUUCUGCACCAGAUUGAGACCAUCGUGAAUCCGAAGGGACUCUGCGCGGUGUCUCAAGGGGCGGGAUCAUUGGUUUUGGUCUGCCCCGGAUUGCAAAAGGGGCAAGUUAGGGUGGAGCAUUACGCUUCGAAGAGGACUAAGUUCAUUAUGGCUCAUGAUUCAAGAAUUGCGUGCUUUGCUCUCUCCCAGGAUGGCCAGUUGCUUGCUACCGCGAGCACGAAAGGGACGCUGGUUCGCAUUUACAAUACUGCUGACGGGAGCUUGCUGCAAGAGGUAAGGAGGGGUGCAGAUAGAGCUGAAAUAUAUAGUUUGGCAUUCUCUUCAAAUGCCCAGUGGUUAGCAGUUUCAAGUGACAAAGGCACUGUCCAUGUUUUCGGCCUUAAACUUAAUGCCAGAUCUCCUAGUUCUACCCAGUCACGAAGUGCAACAGAUCCUGUUGCAUCACCCCAUUCGUCUCUUUCUUUUAUCAAAGGGGUGUUACCAAAGUACUUCAGCUCAGAAUGGUCAGUGGCUCAGUUCCGCUUGGUUGAAGGUUCUCACUACAUUGUUGCCUUCGGUCACCAAAAGAAUACAGUGGUAAUUCUUGGCAUUGAUGGAAGCUUUUACCGAUGCCAAUUUGAUCCGGUUAAUGGUGGUGAAAUGACUCAGCUGGAAUAUCACAACUUCUUGAAGCCAGAGGCAGCUUUCUGAAGACUUACAAUUAUAUUUAUGUGUAUGUUUUCCUCUAUUUCUUUGGCCUUGUAAUCUCCCCACGGUUCAACUUCCUGUAAUCUCUCCCUAAUUUCCCACAAAUAACAUUAUGCAUUGACUAAU